GCUCUAACCCGCACCCGCUGAUAACUGACAGUUUUGUAAUAAAAAUAAUGUGAGAUGCUAUGAAUGAGUGGUUAAAUACGCAGUAUUACAUUACAAUAUUAAGUUUACUGCAAGUAUGAUUUAAUAGUAAUAUUAUAAAUAAGAUUUUCCACAUCCAAGUUGCAAAAUUGUAAACCAAUCAAUGGAAUUUCUUGAAAAACAUUUGGAAGUAAUUCUAUCAAUGCUUGGGAAAAAUGCAUGGAGCUCGCCGAGUGAUAUGUUUCUGCUUCCUGACUGCCGUUCUUCCCACUAUAUUAGUGAUCCUUCCACUCUACCUGAGGCACAGUGUCUAUGCCGAUGUAACAUAUGCAGUGGCUGAAUCCGAUGUCAUGGAAAUUGUCAAUGGCAUUUCAUCCAUUUUUUGCCAGGCACAUUCACUGAAGAUGAACUCCUCCUUCAGUGCAUUCCAAGUAAGUGGUGAACCAGAAAUAUCGACAACUAAUAGGAAGCAUAUAAGAUUGAAGAAGAGCAUGUCUCUACCAGAUGACACCUUGGAGUAUUGGGGAUUCUUCUUGCCACGUGGAUCUACAGUUCACCUUUCUGUAUGCUCCAGGUACGAUGGAUCUCGGAUCCUAGUCGUUGAAGGAGAAAAGAACUUGAGGACAUGUGGACUAGACGAGCCCAAUCGUCAAGGCCUUCCAACCACCCAUAUGGCUCAGGGAGCUGACAAGGUAAGGGUAUUAUUCGAAACAGUACAGGAGAUACUGCCAGCCAAUGAAGAAGUAGACGACAAAGAUCAUCUUGACGACGAUUACUAUGAGGGAGAAAGUGAUGCCGAUGUUGGUGACAAUGAAGGAGAGGUUGUUAGAAACGACGAUCAUGCGAUGAAGGAGGAACAACCCAUGUCUCCUACUCUGGUGAAGGAGAAAGAACCGAUCUCUGCCACUCUAACACCACCUUUCGCUGGGAAGGAAGAAUUCGGUGAAGGUAUUAAACUGCAGAGGCAUCUCAGACAUAGCAGAAUGCAUAGAAGGAACGAAAAACAACUUCUGGAACUUGAACGAUUGGAUGGGGAUGAAUCAAAUUUGAAUAGAAUCAAACGAUUGCAGAGGAAGUUGUCUGGUGAGGAUGGUGGGGUGAAAGGGGUGUUGACGAGGAGACGAAGACGAGCGAACGGAGUGCCCACUCACAAGCUGGACGGGGGCAUGGUGCAUGGCGGCAAUGCGAGGAACCACACCGAGAAAGACAAUGACUCAUCGGUGUCUAGUUUCGAGAACAGCUUGUUGACAUGCUACGACCGCCACAUACUGUUGACAAAGGGCUUUCCGCCGUCACACCUCUGCACGAGCGUCAAGUACCUCGAGUCCAGCCAUUACUCGAUGCAAACCACACACGAGGUUGACGCCGAUGGCUACUACUACUACAUAUUCUACAGCGAUAACGACCAUGUCAUGAAUGACAUCCACGCCAUAUUCGACAUCCACAAGCCCACGUUCCAGUUCGGCAACUAUUCGAAGGGGUGCAUCAACACCACUGAAUGCACCUUUCCGAUUGCGCUGUUUUCGGAUGAGACGGUGGUCGUAGAAGUGCCAACCAGGGACGGAAUCGAACACGAGGCUGACGAUAUCACCUUCCUCCACUCCACCUGUCACCCGCGCACCGCCGUCUACGCCGUCUUUCCCAUCACUGUACUCUUCCUUAUAUUGGGAUGCUCUUUUCUCUAAAGUAACAUCACUUCCUACUGUCAGCGUUGGUCGAAAGGGACACUGUGAUUUUUAAUAUACUGAGAUGCUCUUCUCUCUAAAGUGAGAUUCUGUUAGCUGUCAUCGUUGGUUGAAACGUACGGUAAGCAUUCAUUAUAAUAACAUAUAAUGAAUGCUGGCAGUAUGAAGUGAAUUCCACUGUAGCAUGUUAUGGACACUUGCUAUGCAGUUGGCACGCUUCUAGUCACGUGUCUACCUUUCACAAGGAUAGCUGUCAAUACUUUGAUCAUUCCUUUUUGAUGUGAGAUUUCAGUGAAUCAAAGUAGGUUUACAACUGCAAACGUCAGUUAGGUCAAUUUAUAGAUCAGUAACAAGAAUAUUUCGUAUGGCGUUUUAUUAAUGAGGAGUUCGUUACGAUAAUGCCCCAUCUAAGCCUAAAGAUGGUUCAGUCACUAGAAAAAGUUCGGUACUCAUUAGACCUAUAUACAAAUUUAAGAUUUUUGGUUCAGUUACGAGGAAAAGUUUGAAUUGGCAUCGGUCUUAUGAGGACCGAACUUCUACUCGUGACUGAAACAUAAACAGGGUGGCGCAGGAAAACGAGAAAUUUUGUAAUAGUGUUUAUAAUAAUUAUUGAAAAGUGAAAUAAUACCACAAAAAAUCAUAAAACCAGUUGAAUACCAAUGGAAUGGCAUGAAUUCAUUAUGUAAUUUAUGUUCUUACAGUCAAGAUGUCCAAAAGUACCUCUUAUCUUUUAAAGAUGUGCUCACAUUCGGCGUUCACAGGCUGUUACGGGUCGUGCAAGAAAACUGAUAAUUUUGAAAUUAUGUAAUUUCUCUAAUAAAUUCAUAAUGGAUAGGUGACUAAUAAAAUGACUUGUAUUAAUUAUGCAAUUUAUGAUCCUACAAGUUUUCAAAAAGAAGACGGCAUCAGGAGAAAGGUGACGGAGGAACUGCGUAUCAUGAGACACUAUGGGUAAGAUAAGAUGGAAAGCUAGGGUGGAGGAUAGGUGGAUGAGAGGCUUGGUGAUAGAGGCCAAAGUUCAUGAUGGACUGUAGCGCCGGAUAGAUUGAUAAAAAUUAUCAUACAAUUAAAUUAUUUAUUCCACACUCAUAAAUACAUAUACGUACAUGAAUCAAACAAAGAAUCAAACAUGAAUUGAAAUGUUCAUUGUCUCUUUAGUUUCUCUCACGGGUAGAACAUUCAUGAUAAGCCUGCAUGUCAUGUUUACAUAAACACAUGAUAAGCCUGAUUCAUGAUAAGCCUGCAUGUCAUGUUUACAUAAACACAUACACAAAUCAUUUUAUUAUCAGCGAGUUGCUUCUAACAUAACUUGAACAAUCAAUAAAAAUAAAUAAACCACUGGGAAAUUACAAAUUAUAAUGAUAGAAAAAUAGUUCAACCUCAAAUAGAACAGCGAAGAAAAAAUAAACAAAAAUUUGAGAUACAAAAACCUAUCCUCGAAAAUUUUCGCGGUGAUCACAGCUGUGAUGACUCAACAAUGUAAAAAGACUGCAUGGCAUGCAUGUUCUACCAUUAGUAGCCAGUCUUAGAUGACCACAGAAAGAUGUGGUCUCAUUCGGCGUUUGCAGUAUGUUGUGGCUGUUAUCAAAACUCUGGACUGUGUUGAAAAUCUUGGGAAUAGCAGUGAUUUUGUUUUAAAUGUUUCCCUUUAGUUGAUGUAAUUUUCAGGACGUAUAUUGUACACCUUACCCAAGAUUUCCCCUCAUGUUCAUGGCGUCUAAUGUGAUAAUGCCGUCAAAAUAUUCUUCUUGCGGCAGUUUUAUUACUAUUCUUUAUAAAAUGUUCUCACCGUUAUUGCACUUUCCGAACCAGUCCAAUGGCCCUUGAUUACUAAAUGAUGUUAUUUUCGAGAAUAUAUCGUCUCUACAGAGCUUCGAACUGUAACAUUCAAAAUGUCUUGCUUCUCUGCGCCACUUUAAGUAAUGAAUAUUUUAUCCGUCAAUAGCCUUCACGACUGUUACACUUCAGCCGAGACCGAAAAUUGCAGUGUAGAUCACUAUUCACGUAAAUGCACUGCACAUAAAAUUAUAUUAACUUGAUAAAUGUACGAUGGAGAUUAUCUUGUGAAUGUCUUCUACUUACAAUAACCACAUUUUACAAUUAUUAUCGAUCCACUCGUACAAUAACUGACAAUAAUAAACCUCCAAUUUUACUGAUAUAAAAAACUAUUAUUGUCAGAUUUUAAAAGCCAUAAAUUGAGAAAUUGUAAAAAAUGUAAAUUGCUGAUUUUAUAUGCUUGAUGAAUGUUCCUCAUUAAAAUUGGAUAACUUUAUCCAAUUUACUAGGCUUUUUCAUUUAGCGAAUUUCAUAAAAAUAAUGGUCGGUUUGGAAGAGGUAAAAGAAUGGAAAGAAGCUCAGAUAGAAAUUAUGUCUUGAUCUCGAACGCAAACAUAAGACUGCGAUGCGCGGUAAAUUGAAAGCUCAUCUAUUUCCAUAAUCAAUUCAAUUCAAUGAUUAUUAGAUCCUACGAUAUUUAUGGUAUAAUAGACAGAUAACUAUGAAAACCUAAUAAUGAAAAAAUAUAUAUAAAUCUUACAAAACAUUAGUCUAUAUACCCAGGUUACUGCCUCCGUUCUUCUGUAGCCAACUCUUCAUGAUUCGCAAUGACUUGUCAUAAAAAUUACCACCAUAAUAGAAUCACAGUUAGGAGAACACACUAAUACUCAGUGCAAUUAUUUUGGUUCCCUAAUUUCUCAAAAAAUCACAUUGAACUCGCAACGUCAUAACUAAUGAAAGCACACUAAUAUGAUCUUUAGUUUUGUGAACUGAUAGGAUAAAAAUUAAGCUCUUCACUUUGACAAUGCUAGUUUUGAUCAGAUUCAGCAAUCCCCCACUCAGAAGAACUAUGUACGUUUUUGGUUGAUUUACAUUAUUCAUGAUCGAUUACAUUGAAUACAUUCGUAUUUGAAUAUUCUAUGUUCCUAUUCUAUUUGGUAAUGCUGUUAUUGCGAGUAGGAAAAUAUUGAUAAAAACGUGAGAGAGCUUCAUUGAUAAAUUAUAAUUAUUUAAGCCACCCGACUUGAAAUAAAUUGCUGCUCAACCAAAUUCGAAACUGCUGCAAAUAUACGGCAAUUUCAUAUUUUUUUAUUAUUUUUUGAAGGAAUACCUUUCCACCCAGUUUGGCUCAAUUGUUCAAUAUUUUACAAGGAGGGCGUGCUUUAAAAAUUGAGAGCAAUAUUGUAAAGGAUUCAUAGUGUUUGAGAAAAACAAAAACAACAAAUAACAGUGUAGUAUAUCUUAUAAACAGUCUUUUUCUUCGAUUUAAGUUUAAAAAAAAUAGAGGAUCUACCUUGAGGAAACCAACUGUUAACUUCCAUUAUAGUUACAAUUGGAUUGUCUGGGAAAGGAUUUAAGAUUGUUUUUAAUACAAUGUUAAGGUUUUUAUUGCAUCAACUAAUAUUGUGAUGAUUGAUUGAUUAAUCUUUACAUUUUUUCGCGGUAACUUGAUAGUAUUUCCCAUUAUUCAAUACUGCACUGCGAAUGAACUAUGUUCGACUGACUGUAGGAAAAAUAGAUGAAUUUGCGCACCGGUACGCAAUUAUAAUAAAUUAUUUUUUCUUGAAAAUACAGCUUGAUGUAUACUAGAAAGGUAUUUUUGUAUGUAUUCUUCAUUGUCUCCUGUAAAGUAAAUAUACCCGUAGUCACAGAAGUAUUGGAAAUCAGUUCAUGCUGAAAUGGAUGUAUGUUUGAGAUCUUUCUAAGAGAAGGGUUUCAAGUUUUAAUUUGCACUAAGCGGCAGUUGUAUUAUAAUUAUCCUGUUACAUGUUGAAUUACUUUCUAUGGCGUUUAGUGGAACCCUAAUUACAACUACAGGUUAUUUUUAACUCACCUCUACAUCUCUCAAGGUAAAUUGUAUAAGCAUUUCAAGUUCUCUAUUGACUGUCAUUUAAAAAAAAAAUGAAAAUCUAAAGGUUGUCCAUACUUCUGUGCUACAACAUGUAAUUUAGCUGUUGUAAAUGAAUGUUUGAUCCAAGGGAAUGUUGUAGGCCUAUAAUGCGUUGUUAAAUGUUGCAAAUCGUAAUUAUCGAUUGCACUAGACUCUAGACUGAUGCUAACCUAAAACUUCGAUGUGAUAAGCAACCUAAUGUGCUUUAUAACAAUAAUUAGUGUGACAAUUUAUUGAAUUAUCAUAAAUGUCUUCUACUAUUCAUUCGCAAUAUUGAUGUAGCCUUCAUUAUGUCUUCCCACUAAUGCUAAAUGUGUGCAAUUAUAAAUUAUGUAGUUCUAAAAAUACAGGUGUCAAUUCAGUAAAAAAUUAUUAUCUAUAUUUUUGUAGUAUAAUGAAUUUUGAGUCUAUCAAAAAUAUAUAGUUGACAGAAAUGAAUUUUUUAUGUUUGUAAUCUUUGAAAAAUUUACUGAAUAAUCCAUUUUUAUUUUGUUAACAAGUACAUUAGUUGAUGAAGAGAGAACACCAACAAUAUACUGGUAUAAUGUAUUGUUUUUUGAAUUGUACUGCUCAGUGAGUGUUAUCAGGGCAAUAAUGGGAUUUAGUUCCUGGUGCCCUCAAAUAUGUAUAUUUUCAAAUAAAUCAUCCUUUAAUAAGAUUGUUUGGAAAUGUACGUUAUACGUAAUUUUGAAAGGUUGUACUUCACUAUCAUUCUCAUAAGUUUAUAAAAAAUAGUUAUUUAUAAUGUUUAUUAUUAUAGUCUUUAUUAUAAUCUUUGACUAUGAGUCAAACUUAAGCAAUCCACUAUUAAUUAUUUCAAAAAUAUUCUAUUGUUAAAUAUUACUUUUCAUUGUAAUCCGAUGUUGUCAGAUAAGGUAUGAUUAUUCUAUGGCCAACACUUGAAGCUUUUCAUUGGAAAUUUCAAGAAAUGAUAAAAGAAAUUUUCCAUGUUCAGUAUUUCUUAUCUUUAGCUUUAGGCUGUAUAAAUAUGAUGUAUCACAUUGAUAUAAUAACAACAAUAGUACCUCUUUCCUGCCAAGUUGUAAUUAAUUAUUUUUAUCUAUUGUAAACAAUUGUUGGAGCCGUAAUUCUAUUUACUGAAGUGAAAUUCACUUCGAACUGUCAACAUUUCUUAUAAAUAACAACAAUGCUGAAAUUGUUGAAGCAUGAAGUGAAUAUCACCAUAGGGAAUUGCGUUUUAAAACUGAUCCUGCUAAAAUAGUUACCACACGAAUUUAAUCGCUUUAAUAGUAUUGUCUACUAAUUGAAUUGCUCUUAACUUUUCCAACAUGAAUUCCGUUGUCAUGCCACUUUAGGCCUAUAUCCUGUACCCACUUUAAAAAGUGAUGCUCAGAAAAUGUAAUGAAAUCUGGCAAUUAUUUUUGUAUAAUGAAUGAAUGAAUGAAAUUUAAUGUAAUCGCUGUUUAGUUGAAAAUAAAAUCGAUUUGAUUGAUUAAA